ACGGUAAGAAAAGCGCCGCAGUUGGCACUUGUGUUUAUCCUGUGGAUGAGAGCUCGCUCAGUGCGCUACGGAUGCUCCUGUCGCUUGGGAAGAAUCUGCCUCCCUUCAGGUAGGCGACAUUAAUACAGCAGCUUAGGAAAGACACGUAAUACGUGCAGGAUAUUGGAAAACAGCCUGUUUUUCUUUCGACUCGCGCUUUGUCAUUGCGCAUUUUCCCCUCAGACUAAUCGGAUUCAGCCUGAUUGAGGCCGGCGAGUGUUGCCUCACCUUAAGGAGCCUAAACCCGCUCCAAGCAUUACCAGCGCGGAGGCUCUGCUUAAUUCAAAGUUAAAUGCCGGAUUUCGAGCACUUCAGCUUUUCUCCCUCUAAAAUGAAUCCCGUGUUGGGCGAGAGCGCGUACCCGAUCCAGCAGCAGCAGCAGCAGCAGCAGGUGACUGGCCUGCCAGAUACGGGCCUUUUCGCAGAGUCCCUUUACGGGUCACCUGAGCCACCCUUCAUCUUGGGCGACCAUAUGGUUGUCCCAGGUCAGGAUGGCAUGGGCCUGCCUGGGUUGGACCUGGGCAACUGGCCUCACGGUGCUCCCCUGUACCCACACCGGUGCCCACCUCCGCCUCCGGCUGCCGCCGCCCUGCGCAAUGACCUAGGCUCCAACAUCAGUGUGCUCAAGGCACUGAACCUGCGCUUCCGUUGCUUCCUGGCCAAGGUGCAUGAGCUGGAGCGGCGCAACAAGGCAUUGGAGAAGCAGCUGCAGAGUGCCCUGGAGGAACGGGCAGACAAGGCACCCACGCGGGACGUGGGGGUCCAAACUGGGAGCUUCGGGACAGUGCCGGUGAGGCCUGACUUGAUACUGGUACCGAAUGCCAACUACUUGCCUAGAGGUCUGGCCUUGUCACCAACGCUGGACAACACCGUCUUCCCACUUGGGUCCAGCAACAAGACAAAUCUCGGACAAUUCAACCCAAUAAGUGUUACGGACUCAAACUCCAAUCUUGCCCCUAGUUUUCCCAUCAGCCCUUCGUCUCCUGGUGAUCCUGCUUCUAAGAGCAUCUCCAAUAUCAACGAGAAGUAUGUCAGCACUGGGACUGGGACAUCCACUAACCUCCCACCCAGAUUCCUUCCUGGGACUAUUUGGUCUUAUAACCCUGCUCGGAGAGUCAGUAUUGGUCGGGACCCAAGGGUGCCAGGUCCUGGAGUAUCGUGGACGCACCCAGAUGGGGUGGGGGUCCAAAUCGACACCAUCACCCCAGAGAUCCGGGCCCUGUACAACGUGCUGGCCAAAGUGAAACGUGAACGUGACGAGUAUAAACGAAGGUGGGAGGAGGAGUAUACCGUGAGAGUGGACCUGCAGGAGAAGAUUGGAGAGCUUGAAGAGGACCUUCAGGAGAGCGAGGUGUGUCAGGAUGAACUGGCUCUCAGAGUGAAGCAGCUGAAGGCCGAGCUGGUCCUCUUCAAAGGCCUGAUGAGCAAUAAUCUUUCAGAGUUGGACAGUAAGAUCCAGGAAAAGGCUAUGAAGGUGGACAUGGACAUCUGCAGACGGAUCGACAUCACAGCACGGCUGUGUGACGUGGCUCAGCAGAGGAACUGCGAGGACAUGAUUCAGAUCUUCCAGGUGGCCACGCCUCCUUCAACACUAACCCGCCGUCCUCGGAAACACACCCCUCAGUCUACAAAGAGCAAUGAUGGCGAGGAACCAACCAGCAUCUCUGAGAGUGAGGAUGGUGGGGUUAAAGAGGUGGAGCUGUGUUGUUCAUCCAACAGUCAAGUCAAUGAGGAAAUGCAGAGGAUGCUUAACCAGUUGCGAGAGUCUGAGUUUGAGGAUGACUGUGAUAGUUUGGCGUGGGAGGAGACGGAGGAGACUCUGCUGCUGUGGGAGGAUUUCCCAGGAUACACCUUGGGUGUGGAAACUCAGGGGGAGCAGGAGGAGUCCAUAGAGAAGGUGAUCAAGGAUACCGAGUCGCUGUUCAAGUCUCGUGAGAAGGAAUACCAAGAGACCAUAGACCAGAUCGAGCUGGAGUUGGCCACCGCCAAAUCAGACAUGAACAGGCACCUGCAUGAGUACAUGGAGAUGUGCAGUAUGAAGAGGGGUUUGGAUGUGCAAAUGGAGACCUGCAGGAGGCUCAUCACACAGAGUGGAGACAGAAAAUCCCCUGUUCUCAUUUCUGUGACUGUGGAGGAUGGAGAAGAAGGAGAGAGGGAGAGGAAGAAGGCAACUGUUCCAGCAGAUUCUGGCAGCACUGAACCAUACUGCGACAUUCAGAACAACCUUACUGUCUCUCAUCUUACCUGGAAAAAGUCCUAACAGCCUUUUAUAACUUUGCCCCAACCUGAAAGGCUGUUUACAUUUCAUGGUCAACUGAUGAUCCUGCACUUUACAUCCACAAUUAAUAGAGGGUUUGAGGCAGCCUUUUAAAGGGCCAGCAAUCUAAGACAAAACCUACAAAAAACACUAGUGCCACCUAGUGAUACAGAUUAUCACUACAUCUAACAGAAGUGGAAACACUUUGGGCAUUUUGAACAUUUACACACAAUAACACACUAUUAGCACUUUUUCCAUAAAUACUACUAAUAUUACUAAUAACGUUAAAGGUAAUAUUUUAUCAAUUUACCUCAAGGAGCAUCCUUAAAUAAGUGAAUGAAUCAACACUUUUUGCAUAAAGAAGUCCCUUUUUAAAGUAGAUCAAGAUAACUUAGUAACCUGUAAAGCCAAAAGAGGAUUGUACAGUAUUCCUCUAAUCAAUCAACAGGGCUCAACUUGGGACCAGCAGCAUUCUUUCAAACCCAGAAACAUCCUAUAGUAUACACUGUAGUGCUUAAGUAUCCCUGUAGGUCGGUUGCCAGUCUGUCAUUGUAUACCUAACUUUUAUCUACAAACCUUGGUCAUUUUACCAGGCACACCUACCAUAGAGGUGCACUUUGUAAUUUUACAGUUAUUGACAGUAGUCCGUCUUUUGCCGUACAGUUAAUCUACCCUCUUUUCCCUGUUCUUUCAUGGAAAGGGACCAACAAAAGACCACCCACAACUGACCAGCACAGCAACUGCACCAAUGUACCAGUGUGCAUUGCACUGGUACAAGAGUUCCAGGCACUGCAGUUUUGCCUACAAACCUACAAAAGGCACCUAUAGAGAGUUCCUGGCAAAAUAGCACACUUACAGGUGUGCUUAAUAUGCUGGCAACUCACUGUACAUCGAGACUUAUAAUAAAAGAAAUGAUGUUGUUUUAUACACUGUUUGUAUAUACGCUGUGCUGUACAAAGCACAGCACAUUUGGCAUGGAAGUAGCACUUCAUGAAGUUUCAGAACAUGUAUGUUUUCAGGAUAGGGUGGAUACAGCUGGAUACAUGAGGUUGUUCUACCACCUGUAAAGUCUUAAAUGGUCAUUUUUACGCUAGUGACAUUGCUGUAAAAUCACCAAUGUUGAAAUAACUAUUAGAACCCUUUGGAGGUAAAUGUAACUCUGUUGGUCAGUUGGUACACACAACCAAUCACAACUGCAACUGGACGUAAAUAACAGCACAUCACAGUGUGGACAGAAACAUGCCUCUUGCUGUUUUUGAGAUUCUGAAAUGGCAUCUGCUUGCAAUAGGAAGUGCACUUGAGUGUUCUCUGUAAGAGUUUGCUGGUUCGCUUACUUUUCCAAACCAUUUUCUCUUGAACUGUCUAUGAAUGUCCGUCUGCUCAGUCUCAGUCUCCAUAGAGGGAAUAGUCAUACGAUCAUAGUUGACCAUGCACCAGGAGAACAGUUUAGCACAUUUAGCAGUUUAGCAGUUAUUCUGUCAUACGCUCCACAUUAUCUCAGCAAUUUACAGUAGUCCUUUACACAUUAAUGUAAAUAUAAAUAUGGAUGUAUGAAUAUUACAGUGCAUAAUGAAUAAAGACGAUGUUUGAGUGUGUGCUAGAGGCAAAUAGUUCGAUACAUGUGCAGUUUCAGAGUAUACUGAUUCUUUAAGUGGAAAUGUUUGAGAUGUUUGAUUUAAAUGGCCAAUUUUAUAGCCUUUGUUAUGUCAUUUAGACGUCGCAACACACAUGAUAUAUUGUCAUAUCAAUCAGUGGCAUUCUGUUGUUUGUUUCAAUCUCCAAGUUUUUGGUCUGUUUUUUUAUUUCUUCAAAUCUCAUUCCAUUACUCAUUUGAAAGACCGUGUUUUUUAUACAAAGGUAUUCACUGUAGCAGUGGCACUGGCAUACACUACUUAACAGGGGCCUAAAAUGACUGGAAACUUUAUAUUCACCAUCUGUUUGUAUUCAUUGCAUUCAUCAGUUUGACAGAAUUCACAAUUGUGUUGUCCUCAGUCAACAUUCUCUAACUACAGUAUCCAGCAUGCAUAACACAAAUAUGCCAUAUAUCCAUUGGGCAUCCCUCCACUGCAAUAUAAAAGUCUUGACUGUCAGCAUAGUCACUGAUAUAAUACAGAUAUUAUACUGAUAUUCCACUAUAGGAUUGCAUUUACAUGUAUGGCUUCAUUUGCAUUUCCCAGCUAGCAGAAAUAAUCAAACAGCCUGCACUCAGUAUGGCCCAAAGCCCUGUAGUUUUUCAAAAGCUCCUCAUACCUUCAGCAUUCAUCUGAAGGUCUUUAAACCAAAAAGCCUCAUUCUAGAGUCUAUGGUGGGACCACUGUAAGAUGUGAGUAGGCAUAUCCCCUAAAUAGUGAAGGAGUAGCUGUAGACAUUCAGCUCAAUAUAGGCUGACAAAAUGACUUCCAUAAACUCCAGAUAUGAAUUCAUAUUAAUUUGGAAACAAUGUAAAAUAGACUAUCAUUACUUUUCAUUUCCCUGACUGUAAAAGGCCAGUGACAGCUGUGACUAGCAUGAAUGAGGCUGAUACUGUAUGUACUGAAAUUCAGAAUGAUGAAGAGAGAGAGUUGUGUGAAAAUAAAUGAGAAUAAAAUCUUACUCAGUG